AUGCGGCCGUCCACGAGUCUGUGUCUCUCAGUUCUGCUUCACCUCCCCCUCCUCCUCCUCCUCCUCCUCCUCCUCUUAAGUCCCAUGCGCACAGCCGCUGGCUCUGAUGAAGCCAUGUUGCGUGGCCCAGUAGCAGGACAAUUUGAGAUGCCAGGUGUUAAACCAGUUGCUGACGUGAGAUCGACGUUUAAAAGUAACGAUUUGAGUAAUUAUGAUCUCUUUACACCCGCAUGGCUGCGACAAUGGAGACUGCAACAGAAAAAGUGGACACCUCGUCCGAAAUAUACACUGAGACCUGUUACUCCACGGACAGUCAAAUAUUAA